GCUCGCGGCCGGAGUGCGGUGCUGGGCGGAAGCCACCAUGGCGGCCGAGCGAAAGACAAAGUUGUUCAAGAAUCUGCUGCGCAUGAAGUUUAUGCAAAGGGAACUGGACUCGGAAACCAAGAAACAACUAGAAGAAGAAGAAAAGAAAAUCAUUAAUGAAGAACACUGGUACUUGGAUUUGCCAGAGCUUAAAGAAAAAGAGAGUUUCAUAAUAGAAGAGCAGAGUUUCUUACUAUGUGAAGAUCUUCUCUAUGGAAGAAUGUCAUUCAGAGGAUUUAAUCCUGAGGUUGAGAAAUUGAUGCUUCAGAUGAAUGCUAAGCACAAAGCAGAAGAAGUUGAAGAUGGAACUGUGGAGUUUGAUGUGUCAGAUGAAGAGAUGGCUAGAAGAUAUGAGACCUUGGUGGGGACAAUUGGGAAAAAGUUUGCCAGAAAGAGAGACCAUGCCAAUUACGAAGAAGAUGAAAAUGGAGACAUAAAACCGAUUAAAGCAAAGAAGAUGUUCUUAAAGCCCCAGGAUUAGGAUGGAUGCCUUAAGCGAUGGACCACGGGUGCUUGAUGGAAGUCAGCAGCGCAUCUGGAGCUCAUCCCGAUAGCGUCUCUAUAGUUAUUAAUACUGUAACGUUUACUUUGUAAAGAGAUGUAUCAUUUUGGAACCAUGCUGUUUAAAAAAACAGAUGUGUGAUGGAUGUUGUACAUCCUUUGCUUCAUGGUAUUCAUUCAUAAAUUUUUAGCCCUCGAUCUACAAAUGUAUAUGUUUUUACAGGGCUACUUCCUAAAGUUUUUUUGACCUCGGGUUUAUCGUAACAUAGUUCUCCAGUCACUGACCUUGAAUUGACUGAUAUAAAUUACUGCCAAUGUUUAAAUUGCCCUUAUGUUUAUAUUUAAAUUAUUAUGUCAAGCCAAUUCAUACAUACAGUUUGGAAUCAAAUAUUCUAAGAAUGUAUUAUAUAAAUUUAUCAAGAAUAGAAUAAAUAUGCCUCUCCAGUCUUAAAACAAAAUACAAUUAGGUUAGGUUCUUCUGAAAAUAUGCACUUCUGGUUUACAGAACAAAUUUACUUUUGGUCACUUAUGUGAGUGGAAGUGGGGAGACACUAACAUUUAAAUUGUUACACUCAGAAUAGUGUUUACACACUAAGAAAUUAGACACAUGUCAGUUGUGCCUCAUUUUGUUGCAAGUAAAUAAAAUUAAUUUUAGAUGAUUUAACCAAGAAGAAAGAGCUAUUGAAAGGCUACUAGGUGUCUCAAAGUAAAAGAAGGAAAAGCCAACUGGGUAAGACAGACUUAACUCAGCAGGCCUGCGGUGCUCAGACUCUGUGCUCCGAAGAAGGGCCCGUCUUUAAGAAUGGACCUUGGCUGGCUUCUGGGAGACAACCUCUGAGCCCUCAGAAUAUUCUGCCCAAAUAGUGUGGUUUUCUAUGCCUGAGACCUUGAGCCACACUAUAUUUAGAGUAAACAUCAGUUUUUGUGUGUCCUGGGGCCUUGGGCGUGCUGUACCACCUUGAUCAGAUCUUUUUAUGUUAACAGUGUGAUUUGGGUUAAUACCUUUUUUUGCUGGGGUUGAGGGUGUGGGAGAGAGCUGGAGCUGAGUAGCUGAGGUCAGUCACAUGGAUAUUGCUUGCCUAUGUCAUAGAUGCCCCCCAAUAAAAACCCUGGACACUAAGACUUGGGGGAACUUCCCUGGUUGUGAACAUUUCACAUGGGUUGUCACAUGUCAUUGCUGGGAAAAAUAAGUACAUCCUCAUGUGACUCCCCUGGGAAGGGAAAGGUCACUCACCUCUGAAAGCCUGUGCAUCGUUUCUUCUGGACUUCACUGCAUGUAUCUUUCUGCUUUGCUGAUUAUAAUCUGUAUCUUUUUGCUGUCAUAAUCUGUAACCGUGAGUUCAGUAACACUUCUGAGUUCUGAGUCCUUCUAGUGAAUCAUCAAGCCCGAAAGUGUUCUUGGGAACCCCCAACACACUGACUAACCCAGUUGUGAGAAAGACAGAGUCAGAAUGACUCUUGGGACCUCAGCAGCAUGACCUGAUGACACUAGUCCCUAGGUCACUGCCAUGGGACAAUGUGACCCCAGACAUCUUCUGGACCCAAGAAUAUCAUGGGCCCAGCUCAGGUCACUCACAUAACAAGAUAGAGUGUCGCACAAUUGUGACCACUGGGGGACAUCGAGACACAGAUGUGACUUGAGCUGGCUUGUGUCCAUGCCAGUAUAUGUUAGAUAUGUUGGUACAUAUGAUGCUUCUCUUAUUACUUUUUUAGUCUUUCUUAAAUCCACAUUUAGAAGUUAAUAAAGUUAGUGUUUCUAGUAGAGUAGCAGACACUUCAGCUGAUCAGUCAAUACUUUUUCUAUUGAUAAUAAAUACAGAUUACAUUUAUGAGUUUGUGUAUUAUUCAGGAAAAAUUAACGUUAAUGCCAUCAUUUUUAUACUAAGCUUCCUGUCUAACAAGGCGACUCAAAGUAUAAAAUCCUGGGCUCUAAUCCCAGUCACUUAAUGUCUCUGAGAUUCAGAUUCUUUGCUUUUCAAGAGAGGGUGGUGUUCCCAUAGGUAGUGGCUGUGAAUAUUAAAUAAGAGAGCAGGUAGGAGUCCACAUAAUAGUGCUCAGCACAUUUAGAUGUUUAACAAUAUUUUAUUCAUUUUUUCUUCCCUUCCUAUUUUAUUAUCUUCCCCCUUUUAUCCUUACUUAAACACCUACUAAAUUUGAAUAAUAUCUAAGCCAUAGAAAUACCUACUAAAUAUUGGAAUUCAUAUGUUGUAUGUAGUCUAUACUAGGACUGUUUUGUCAUAAUUCCUUUAUGCACUAUCAUUUUUAUUUCAUAUAUAAUGUUUAAAUGUGAGAACUUCUGAAAUUUUUGUUUCAUACUGUAUUAGUCCAU